AAAUUUAGAUCCAACGAUGAAGCGGCAAUUCGACGCCGGAGAAACCGAUUGGGCCAAUUUCACCGGCGGCGAUCAUGUGAAGAAGAUGAAGAAGGAGAUGUUAGAGUUGGAGGAAGAGAGGAAGUUACCGAUGAAGAGGCAAUUUGAAGCUAACUGUGCAGCUAAAGUCUCCGGCGAUUUGAAAAAGAUGAAGCAGGUUAUAGAGUCGCCGGAUGCGGAUGCGGAUGCGGAUACGGAGGCGGUGUUGUUGAAUGAGAAUCUACUGUACGAAGUACUGAAACACGUUGACGGGCGCACGUUAGCUACGGCGGCGUGCGUUAGCAAACAGUGGAAUCAAACGGCCCUAGAUGAGCGGCUAUGGGAGCUGAUCUGCACAAGACACAGCUGUAACCAACAGCAACAGCUCCGAGCCGUCGUCCUCGCUCUCGGCGGCUUCCGGCGUCUCUACUCACUCUACCUCUGGCCACUCUCAAAGCCGUCGCCGUCUCCAUCGGCGUCUUCUUCGAAUCCACCGGCUUCCGCCUGGCCUUGCCUUCCUCCGGCGCCUACUCGGCCGUUGAAAUACGCUGCUGCAAACACCAGAUGGGGAAAAGACGAAGUUAAUCUCUCGCUAUCGCUGCUAUCAAUUCGGUACUACGAGAAGAUGAAUUUCAAAGCUAAUAAAUAAAUAAACUUAAUUGAUAUAAUUAUAUAUUCAAUUUCGUAAUUUUAACAUUAUAUUAUCCUAAUUUUUCCGCUUAUGGUUUGGGUUUUUACAGUAUUUUGAAUCAUUUAUGCUUUAGAUCUAUAUAUCUGUUAUGUAACAUAUGUAAGCUUUUAAUAUUUUUUUCCAAUUAAUGUAAAUUGAGGACUGAUAAAUUUAAGUUGUGAUUCUAAUUACUAUGUUAA